AUGAAAUUUCAGCAAAAAUUCGGCACUUCGAUUCGCCAGCACCGCUCAUCACUUACAGCAUUAGAUUUGAAGAAAAUAGAUACCGUUUACGGCCCUGAAUGUAGAACGAGAGAUCGCCAGGAGAAAAUAGAGCUAUGCCAAAAUUACCCUGGAGUAGUUAGAAGAAAAAGGGAGGUAGUCGAAGAUUUAAACUUAAGAGUAAACAGAGACAUAACACCGCCUACAGCUGAACCAGUUAGUGACGAUAUAAAAAAAUUAGAGAUCGAAAACGAAAUGCAAGAAGCUGUCGAUCGAAUAUACAAAGUUUCGGCUAAAGCUCUAAAAACUGCAAGAGAUAUUUAUUGCAACAAAACGACAGACAAUCCCAAACUAUCUAACGAUAGUAGCCAAAACCCGGAUUUAGUUAGCAUCAUAGGAUCUAUAACGGAGUACGUUAAACACGUGGUAGAUAAAGCUACUGAUAAUUUGGGUGAAUUCUGCAAAGCAUCUGAGAGUAUGGAGGUAUACCAAAGGGCAUUUUUACAGAAAUGUGAAUUCUAUCAUGGGCGCCCUUGUCCGCAAACUUAUAGAUCAACAAAAUCUGGUGCAGUAAAAUAUAGUACUCAACAUAGACCUAUUUUAUAUCAACAUACUAAGCAUAGGGGUAAUUAUAAAUACAAAGCGUUCGUCAAUAUGCGAGCUUCGGAAGACCCUCAUGAUAAUUCCACCGUUAAGAAUGUGGAACGUCAAGGCAAAUUAGAUGAAAAUGCUACAAUCAUACUUGAUGCAGUAAAAAAUAAUGAUGACGUUAAAAAUAAUACAGAUGCUACAAAUAGUGAUGUUACUGUGGGCCAACAAUCGGAACAGGACAACAAACAAUCGGAACAGGAGAUUAAUCGAGACAGACAGAAACGUGACACCAAGAUCGUCGUGUUGAAAAACAGUGGGGAAUUAAAUGAGAAAGUGAAAGAUUUUGUGAAAAAUCACGAUGUUGAUAAAGUACAGUCGAGGAGAGCCACCGUGUUGCCAAAAAGACAAUCUAAACGGGCGCGAAGGCGGAGAUUCCAAUCGUCAAGAGAGCACGUUUGGGAAGAUUCGAAUGUGUCUAUAGAAAAAAGUACGACGAAGAAAAAACGUCAUAGACAACAUCUAACAGAAAAGAGUAGAGAAGAAAAUAAUGAAAAAAGGGAGAAACGAUAUAAGAAGAAGAGACCUCAGAGGCAACGUCCAAUAUCUGAAGUACGCAAUGUAGAGAAGACUAGAAGUAGAAUUUUCCACCGAGUGGUGGAGUUGUCAAAACUGAACGAAGAAUUCUACGGCGAGAGGAAAUGGCCUGACGGUGUCGUGCGUUACAUCAUACAGGAAGAUCCGAACUAUGACACUAGCGAGGUGCGAAGGCGUUUAGAAGAAGUGAACGCAAUUCUGAAGAGGAAAACUUGCGUGCGAAUCGAAGAAAUUACCGAGAAUGACGUGAAAAAGGAUAUGGACUAUUUGGUUGUAGACACCAGCGCCGAUUACGUCACAGGAAGAGUCGGCGGCAGACAGUGCUCGCGCAUCGAUUGGCUAGAAGUUACGCGCUCUAGAAAUUUCGACCUCCCCAUUGGCCGAAGGUAUUUAAGCAGUGAACGCGCGUCGCUCGGUUAG